UUCUAUUCGCGUAUAAUGCGUGGAUGCACGGAGUCGAGCUGCAGCACGAACUGUGCGUCGAGACGGACUUGGUGGAGUUGGUUGGUCGGUAGGUCGGUUGGUAGGUAGUUGUUAGAUGUUAAUUUACGGACGUACGCGGAGCCGGAGAUGGCGGUCAGUGUCGUGAGAGUGCUUCUUUUUGCGGUGUUCGUUUUACUCGUAUUUUCCGGAGAGGUGAGGGCCCAAUCCAAGAGUAUCGAGGAUCUUUUCAACAACACGUCCUGCCUCAAGGGGCCGAUCGUCUGCCCGAAUCCGAGGAUCGAAUUUUAUCUGUACACGAGAGAAACUCAAGCGGAUCCGUUUCUCAUAGAUGUUCUGGACCCUCGUUCCCUGGACAGGUCAAAGUUCAACAAACUACAUCCCACGAAGAUAAUAAUCCACGGAUUCGGAGGCGGUAGAAAUUUGGCGCCAAGUACCGACCUUCGAAACGCAUAUUUCAAGCGGGGUAACUACAACAUAAUAAUCGUCGACUAUGGGUCCCUCGUACGUGAACCGUGUCUCUCGCAGGUGCGUUGGGGGCCGAGUUUCUGCUCCCAGUGCAUCGCUCAGCUUGUGCGCUACCUGAAAAAUCAUCCUCGCGGCACUCCCGUACAGUCGAUACACGUCCUGGGCUACAGCGUUGGCGCACACAUUGCCGGACUAAUGGCCAACUAUCUACCGGGCGAUAAACUCGGCCGGAUCACAGGACUCGAUCCGACGAUCAUAUUCUACAUGGGCGGUGGUAACAGAUCGUUGGAUUUGGACGACACCGAUGCUCACUUCGUCGACGUGAUCCACACCGGGGCUGGAAUUCUUGGUCAAUGGGGCCCAAACGGUCACGCAGAUUUUUACGUCAACGGUGGUUCGAGCCAACCCGGAUGUCUCGGUUCUUCGAUACUUCAAACUCUGUCCUGCGAUCACACAAAGGUAACGCCAUAUUACAUCGAGUCUAUAACGACAGAAGUUGGUUUCUGGGCGGCACCGUGUGCAAAUUUGUUUUCUUAUUUGAUCGGGUGGUGCAGCCCAGCGGAAAACGAGUACGUACUGAUGGGCGAAGACACGCCACCUACCGCACGAGGCAUCUUUUAUCUUUCAACAAACGGCCACAAGCCGUACGCCAGAGGACUGCCAGGAAAAAUUCGUCGGGCAAAAACCCAGAAGCGAUCAUCCUACCGCCAGUAUUAGGUCUGCUGAAGCAGUUGAUUAAUUUACUAUUAGAAUAGAACUUGUUGUAAUGUAUAUUGUAUAAUAUUAAUCAAAGUCACGCGAUUAGUCUACAAAUGUUAUAUGUUUUUAUCAAUCGCGUAUGCUCUAAAAUUAUGUGUUCAGUUUGUCACUAUUAUUUAAUAAAUAUUUUUUGUUACACGAU